AGGCACCGAGUCUCCCCGCCUCCCUCGGGGCGCUUCCUCCCACCUGGCGCCUCACUAGGGCACACGUCGCCCCCUGCUGGUUAAUAAUGCAUCUCGCACCAAAGUCGAUCCCCUACCUCACUCAGCCUCUGACCAACCUUAUUCUGCCAUGACAUACAGUAAAGGCACAUAACAGAACACACAUGCGACAGACCGGAUUCCGCCAGCUGAGUAGAGCCCUGGUGUAGAGGAUCAGAAAAGCAGCACUCAGAUGUGCAAGUCACCCAUAAUAAAAGCACAGCGUCCGCAUAACGGAGGAGAGGAGGAGUCAGCAUGACAGCGCUCCAAUACGUAAGCUUCGCAGUUUCAGUUAGGAGCUAAAUAAAAACCUGGCUGAUGGUCAAGGUUAGAAUGUUAUGCUGUUAGGACUGAGGCUCCCCCGCAGCAUCUGUCGGUCCGAUGCUUUGACAGCACAUGCGGAUGCUGCUGUCGGGUGCAAACUGCUUGCUGGCUCGACGUGACUGCUGCUGUUCGUCACCUGCGGAAACAUAGAGCUUUUUCGAGCAGGCAGGGUUUUUUUCGGGGGAAACCUGGUCAUGUUGCCUGCCUGCCGCUUUGCAUCCCCGGGCGGGACGUCUCUCCGCUCCCUGCUCGCUGGGCUUUUUGCCGUCUAUGUUGUGCAUGCAUCCUGGUUCAUGUACAGCUUUAUUUACACCAAACCAUGCGAGAUCUCCAAAAGCAACCUCUGCAUCCCGUCCUACUUGGCAGAGAAGCCUCGGCUCCAGCUCAGUAUUUACACGUCUCUGCACCCCGAUGCGGGCGGUGAACAAAAGCUCCUUCUGAAGGUCGAUGACUUUGACAUACGCUCCAAGUUUGAAAGGCAAGUGAACGUUUCGCUGCCGGGGAAAGGCUUUAUGGACGGCACGCUGUACGCCCUGGUGUUCCUGCACCGGGCUGGAGUGCCCAUCUCGCAGGACCCCAUGGAAGUACACCAUGUUGUCCAGCUCACAAACCACAUGCUGGUUAAACCUGCUAGCCAGGAAACGCUGCAGGCUGGCGAGUCUGACGCAGCCCAGUCUGUCUCCCUCUGGCGGCCGCGACUUGUAUUGCGCGUCAUGUCAGAGGACAUCCCCUUGGACACAGCGGCUCCUCCCACCGACUUGCGGCGCUACUUAAAGACGCACCAGAACGGCAAAAAGAUGCUCUACCUCCCUCUGCUAUUCGUAAAUGAACUGGCCAACAGGGUGCAGGACAUGAUGGAAAUAAAGAGCAUCACCCCGGAAGUCCCCCUCAGCAUCUCCUAUGAGGACAUUUCCCUGUGGAGACUUCGCCUCUGGAUCCGUAUUCAGGACGCCGUUAACAGUCUGCGGAAGCUGGGUUUCUCGGAGAGAGACUUGGACGAGAUUAAAAGCAUCUUUGUGGACCCAAACCUGUCCUAUCUGGCAUUGGCUGGCCUCGUGGCUUCUGUCCACUUCCUCUCUGACAUCUUGGCUUUAAAAAACGACAUUGGCUUGUGGAAGAAGGAGAGGAACAGGGCAGGGGUGUCCAACCCAGCAGCUCUGCGUGAGUGCUGCUGCGGGCUCGUGGUCCUGCUCUCCAUGCUUGAUGAUGGACAGACCAGCCCACUCGUGCUCCUCCCCGCUGCGGCCAGCUUCGCCAUUGAAAUCUGGAAGGCCUUGGGCGUCCGGUUCUUGUCAAGGAGAACGCGACCUGCGCCUCGACACAGAAAACAGGAUGCGUCGGACACGAGGAACAACGAACAAGAUCCUCAGGCAAUGAAGGGGCUGUCGUAUGUGCUGUACCUGCUGUGCUUUGGGGCGUCUCUUUACCCUCUGCUGUGCAUGAGAGUCAGAAGUCUGUACUCAUGGCUGAUAAGCAGCCUAGCCAACGGAGUUUAUACGUCUGGCUUUCUCUCCAUGCUUCCUCAACUCGUCGUUAAUUACGAGCUGAAAUCAGUGGCUCACGUAUCCCAGAAGGCACUUAUGCGUAACGUGUUCAGAAGCUCCAUUAAGGGCGCGUUUGCCAUCAUCAUCACCAUGCCGACCGCCCACCGGGUCGCCUGCUUCAGAGACAGUGCAGUGCUCCUGAUCUACCUCUACCAAAGAUGGAUUUACCCAGCUGACAAGACCAGACGUGGCGCUUUUAGAGGGCUGCUCUAUGAAAGACCUGAACCCAAACUCCACCGAGACUAACGUGGCACCAGGGACCAGCUUCAGCAGCUGGCAGGGGAGGCCCCUUUCACGGGUGUCCCUGGUGUGCAAAAUAAAACGAAGCCUUUAAAUGCCUCUCGUGCUUCUCGUCAGGCUGCUUUUCUACAUGAUAGGACCAGGAACACCGUAUAUACUGUACAUAGAUGUUUGGGUGAGGUUUCAGUGCAGGAGGGAGUGAGAAUCAGCCGGAAACGAGACGGAAAAGCAGGGAAAGGGGCGUGGAAGGAGAGCAGACGCGUGAGGAGCGAGCCUGCCCUGCAGAAAUGCCACGUCAAUAGCAGGCGUCACCUUUAAAAGGCCAAGAGAGAGAUGCUGCUGUUUGUUUCUACUGGCCUGACGUGUGGAACAUCUGAAAGCCUGGAAGGGACCGGCUUCUGAGAACCUCUGAUGCUGAAGUUUCAUUAAAUCCAUGUGUCAUACCAC